GCGCCCUUUCCUAUCAUUGAAUUUUUCAAUUAAUCAGAAUUGUUUUUCCUCGACACGAUUUCUGUGCAUGGUUAUAGAAAUUGUAUAAUAUGUGUCGAGUUGUUAUAAAUUAAAUUAAAAUCAUCACUUAAAAGGUUUAUAUUAUUGUGGGGUACUACUAUCUAGCUAGUCAUUUUAACACAAGCUUAGAGAGAGGAAGAUGAAAAUGAGCAGAGGGUUGGUGGUGCUCACCUUUACAGUGGCCGCAAUCGUACUUUGCGGUCACCGGCCGGCGACGGCAGAAGAGCAAGUGGAAUUAGCAGAGGGCGCCAAUAGCACCACGUGGCCGUGGACACUAUCUGUACCAGAGGAUAAAUUUGGCUGCUUCAAGUUGUUCAAUUGCGCCAAGUACCCAACGACCAGCUGCAUAACUGAAUGCUGCACUUUCUUCCCCUUCACUACUAACCCUACACGAAAUUGCAUCUGCUGGCAUUUGGCCGAGCAUGUCAAUAAAGAAGCUUUUACUGCUCUUCAGAAAUAUUGUGGCUUCAAGAAUCCUUGUCAACAUAAGCAACAGGAGGAAAUCAACCAGCAAGAGGUGGCCGAAACUAGCAAGGCCAUAGACAACAGUAGUAGAAACCAAGGUGUGGCAACUUGUUGUGCAAAGGAUAAAGAAAAGAUAAAGAAUUGCAUGUCGAACACUGCUUCCAUCGACCAAUGUUGCUCAACAUUCAGUAUUAUGCUGGGCCGUAACUGCGACUGCUACAAUUACGCCAAGGAUUUAGACAAUCAAGCUCUCAUCACACUUGAGAGUUACUGUGAUGUCCCCAAUCCAUGCAAUAAAGCUCAAGUGAUGUAGGGUUCUGAGACGGGGAUGGAAGUAAUCUUAGAAAAAAUCUGUGGUUCUACUUUGUAUGAAAUUUUAAUUGAAUGCGACAGUCGCAUGAAAUUGUUCACUUUAAUAUUAUCAUGCAUGAAAUGAAUUUUCCUUUUUCUUUUU